ACAAAACAUAUUUUGUUUGCAUUUGUUUUAGUGAUUAGUCUUUGAAUUGAUUGUCAAAUGUCUUCCCUAUCGGUGUCCGUAAGCGUUGAGCCGUUGGAUGAAUAUGUGGUCCAAGAGAUCAAAUAUGACGGACAGGAGAUGUAUAUCCAACCGCUCUCUAUGUCCGAGAACUUCACCAAAUCUGUCCAAAAGAUCGACUUCUUGAAGAUCGACAGCGACUCCAAUGAGACGACUGGUAACGGAUCCCAAGCGAUGGACACCGCGGAGACGGAGACCGAGUCCAAAGAGUUGGCCACUUUUCAGCCCUCUCUCUGGCCUUUCGACUCCAUUCGCAAUAAACUCAAACAGGCGUUAACUGAAGUGUCGGUCAUUUACGAUGUCCUCAGUAUAUGUAAAGACAAACGAUAUCUGGUUUUAGAUCCGGUCUCUCAAGAACCGGUUGAAAGCAAACCGAUCACCGCUUUGGUGGCCAAGAAAAAGGCGUUGGCGAAUGUGGCGACCAUAAUAUCCAGUGGUUGCGAUCGCAUGCGUUCCGCGCAAUCCGAAGCCAAUCGGAACCGAUCCACAGAUUUUCAUUCAGAACUCUUUCAUAUGAGACAAAACUGGAGGUUAAGGAAGAAAGAGAAUUCAAUUCUCGGAGAUCUUAGUUAUCGAAGCGCCGGAUCACGUUUUCCACAUUCGGGUACUUUUGAAGUGACCAAAAACGAGGAACAGUCGACUUGUGGGACGGGUUCGCGCGCCAGUGCUCUCAAAGUGAAAGUGCCCUCUGAUCUGGAAGGCGGCAGCUUUUUUCAGGUCAAAACACAAAAA